AUGGCAAAUUGCAGCGGCAAGCAGGCGAGCGAUGAGCUAGACAAUCGCAUCCAGUCAUUGUGUCAGGAGAUCCAGGACAUGAUACUCGAAACUUUUCUCGAAGCUCAGAUUCCAUGCGCCGUCGUCCUGACCAAUGGCUACAAGUCACCAGUAGGUCUCCAGCUAAAUCGCAAGAUCCGCGGCAAAUUCGCGAAAAAAUACUACGGUCGCACUACAUUCGAGAUCUUCGGGAUCGUCAACAAGUACGACUUCCAUCCCGCUGGCCUCAAGAUUGGUCGCAUCGAUCGAAAGCACUUGCCACUGAUGAGACACCUCGAAGCCACGUACAUCCAUCAAGAGAAGUGGUAUCAGAAUUUGCUUCCUGGAUACGAGCAGUUUAUCGUAACUUUGAUACAAUUAGAAUUGUGUGAAGCACUCGAGGAUUACGCAGGCGAGAAUUUGAAGCACCUUGAUGUCGUGGUAGGACAUAUGAGCGUGGCAAGCGAUGACAGGCGCAUGUUCGACAGCAAAGGUGUAUUUUUGAAGGAACGAUCCUCUCCGGGGGGAAGGCCGUAG